AUGCGUGUGCCAGGGACGCUCAGGAGUGCUGCGAGUGGGAUCAACCGCCCGGUGCGAGAUCUUGAGGCAACCCCAGGUGGUCAAACCCAGAUCAAUAACCCCCAAUUUCGAGAGGGAGCUCGAGGCUUCGUUGGCGAUGACGAUGCCGUUGAGGAUGAGGAUGGCGAUGAUCGUAAUAACGAUGGCGAUACCGAUAAUGAUACCGAUAUGGCGAGUCCAAUCCGAUUCGUCUUUGCUGGGGACGGCUAUGGUGAUGACGAUGAUGUCCUCGGCGUUGAAGAUAAGGGGCAUUCCGAGGAUCAUGCAAGCGAACUUGGUGUGCUUGAACAAGACGAGGAUGUCGAUAUGAACUAUGACGAAGAAGUCGACGAAGAUGUCGACGCCGAUGCUGAUGAAGUUGCCGAUGAAAUUACCGAUGAAGAAGACGAUGAAUAUGGUAAAAAAGAUGUCGAGAAAGAUGUUAACGAAAAUGGCGAGAAAGAUGUCGAUGUCAACAACAUCAUCGUCGUUGAGGACGACGACGACGACGAUGUGAUCAUGAUUGAACCACCAUCCCUGGACAACAAUAUCGAAGCCUUGUUAGGAUAUCCCGCAAUUACCCCCAGGUCUUCCACAACAAAUGAGCCACAGCGCGAUUUGCUUCAGUUAAACGUGGAAGAUCUAGGUAUAAAUCAUCUCAACGAUGACCAGGCCUCGUGGAAGGAGGCCUGUCGGUUCUUCCUCCACGAUGAGGCUGAUACCGGUACAGGUGUUCUACUUCCGGGCUUCCAGAGAGUUUGCUACAACUACCAGAUGCUAGACGUCUUCAAGAUGUUGCAGCCCUGUGCCUCGAUGCAGCAGAAUGGAACGCUCAACUGUAGCAAGCCUGGUAUGGGGAAGACACUUGAGGCAUUGCUCACCGCUGGUGUUAUUGCACUUGCUCACAUGAGCGAGGAUCAUUACCGGCAGAACGUGGCCAGCCAUCGGUCCAUGAAUGUAGACGACGAAAGGUGCCUGCUCGAUCACCCUUUCGGCAUCAUGUGCUACUGUAUCCGGGACAGUUUUACGCGCGAUAUAUGCAGGAUGACCCAGCGAGCUCCGCAUUUCGUAGUUACGAAAGCUGGUAUCGUUCAGCAAUGGAUCAAUGAAGGUAGCAGUUGGCUAAGUCCGGUCGUGAUCCUUCGGGACGGAUCCGAAUAUCUCUCCGAGUCGCUAUUGUUCAUGGCCUCGAUCACCAAUCGGACAGUCAAAUGGGAAGGGCGGCAUGGACGAACAAUGAGCAAAGUCGGUGCCUCUGCCUUCCUCGAUCAGUGCUUCACCACCGGCAAGUUACCAAGCCGGGGCGACGUUCUCAAAUUCAAUAAGAUGACACCGGCUGAGGCUAGGGCAGUCGGUGAUGAGGCUGUUUUUACCUGGAGCAUGACUGAAGCCUCGAAGAUGGACAAAGACUUCAAAUGCAAGGUCAAAGAGACUCCGUUCAUCCACGUUGGAGCUGAGGCCGUUGCGAGGGAGCGCCUAGUCCUCGUGUGCAGUGCUCCGGCGGUAUCUGGGGGUGUUUUGGACAAUCUGUUCGUGCGCAAGCUUGAUGUUGUCGGCCACAACAUUAAAAGUUCACGACGGAUUACUAUCAGACCCUGCUUCCGACCGUCGACUUUGUAUUAUGAUGAAUGGGUUGAUGCGAAAAACAAGGACACGAAUCUGGUCAAUACAUUCAAGGACAUAUGCAACGUCGAUCAUCUCGGACGGAUCGAUAGGCCGCUCGUUUGUCUCCUAAGCGCAACACCGAUGCCCUGUGGUCCCAAAGAUCUAGUAGGUGUUUUCCCUCUUCUUACCGUCGAUCCUGAUGUGUACCAGACAAUGUCCGACCUGAUCAGGAUAUACAAGAAGGCAUUUAACUGUACAAGUCGAUCACACAAAGGGGGGGAGAAUCCUGAACUAGUGAGCAACAAGGGUGGGGGCGAAGAGAGGUCGAACUGGUUCAACGCGGCCGGAGAUAUCCUUGGCAAGUAUAUGUUCCAUCGCAACUUUAGCAUAAAGUUCCUCGAUACUGUUAUCGAGGACAGACGAACAUCUGUCAAGAUCUAUCCUCCACGAUUUUGUAACAACCCGUCGUCACAACCUAGGCGGGAGGCGGAGAUGAGACAAGCGAUCCGGGAAAAAGUCAAGUCCAUGGAAAAAGUCAAGAUCAAAUCCUCACAGUUCGAGGCCAUUUGCAGAAGCCACGAGUUUCAGAAGAUGCUACGAUGCAGCGUCAUCCCCGGACUCUUGAAUCUCAAUGCUGAAGAUUGGGAACUCAUCUUUUCCGAGGAUAAAGACACGGCGGACGGCGCUAUCUACUGGAACCUGCAGGCGCUUAAGUGUGAGCAGCUUACCAUUCUGCAACGCCUAAUCAAGUCAUCCGACCACGGCAAGCACGGCAUCAUCUUGGCAUUUUCUCCUUUAGUUGUGUCGAUUGCUGCCGCUUGGCUUAGCCGAUAUUUGGGUGACGGCUUUCGCAUCGUCAAGUUACGGCCAAUGAUCCGAAGCCAAUAG